AUGGAGAGGGGAAGGGAUGAAGGAGUCAGUAUAGCCUUUUGGAAUGUGGCAGGUCUGAGGAAUAAGGAUAAGGAGUUUUGGAAAGGAAUGGAAAGGUGGGAAGUGAUGGUAUUGAUAGAAACAUGGAUAGAGGAAAAGGGAUGGAAAUAUAUUGAAGGGAAGUUACCGAAAGGAUAUGAGUGGAAGGUACAGUGGGCGAAGAGGAGGAAUAAGAAAGGAAGAGCGAUAGGGGGUAUGAUGCUAGGAAUUAGGAGGGAGUUGGUGGAAGGGGGUAAAGAUGACCGAGGGGAAAGAGAGGGGAUCAUAAAGGGGGAGUUUAAGUAUGGGAGGGGGCGAUUAAGAGUAGUAGGAGUGUAUGCAAAUCAGGAUUUAGGAGAGAAAUUAGAAGGCCUGAGAGGUUGGAUGGAGGAAAAAGAGGAAGGGAUAAGAACAAUAUGUGGGGGGGGGGAUUUUAAUGCUAGGACCGGGGAGGAGGGAGGGAAACUAAAUGAAGACGAAUGGGGGGAGGAAGAGAAAGGGAGGAAGUCAAUGGAUAAGAAGGUGAAUAAAGAGGGAAGAAAGUUGAUAGAGUUUAUAAGAGAGAGGGGAUGGUGGAUUCUAAACGGGGGAAUAAGCGGGGAUGAGGAGGGUAACUGGACAUAUUCAGGGGGUAGAGGAGAAUCAGUAAUUGAUGUUAUUUUAAUAAAUGAAGGUGUGGAGGAGGAGAUUGAAAGCUUAAAGGUAGGGGAUCAAAUAGAUUCGGAUCAUCACCCAGUGAUAAUAAGAUUAAAAAAGGGAGAAGGAAAGAAAAAACAGAAAGGAAGGAAGUACAAGGUAGGGCAUAGAGGAAGAUGGGAUGAAGAGGGUAGAGAGCGGUUUAGGAGGGAGUUAGGAAGGGUAGAGGUAAAAGAAGAAGGGGUGCAAAAAGGAAUAAAAGACGUAGGAAGGAGAAUAAGAGAGACGUUGGAAAGAAUGGAGGAGGAGGGAAGAAUGGUGGAGAGUAGAGGGAGAGGUUGGUGGGAUGAGGAGUGUAGGGAGAAGAAGAGAAAAGUUAGAAGGACACUAAGAGAGUGGAGGAAGGGGUGGAGAGAAGGGCAGGAGUAUAGGAAAGAAAGGAGGGAAUAUAAGGAGAUAUGCGAGAAGAAGAAAAGAGAGGAGAACAGGAGAUGGGAAAGAGAGGCAGAAGAGGCAAGAUCGGUGGGGCAAGUGUGGAGGAUAGUAAAUAGAGAAAGGAAGAAAUGGAAGGGGAUAGACAGAGAGAUAAAAAUGAAGGAUUGGGAAGAAUACUUUAAGAGACUGAUGGGUGGAACAGAGAGUAGGGUGAUGGGGGGGGUGGGAAGAGAGGAGAGGCUGGAGGGAGAAAGUGAGUUGAAUAGAGGGGAAAUAGUUUUGAGAAAAAUAAAGGAGGGAAAAGCGAUAGGGAUGGAUGGGGUACCGGGAGAGGCUUGGAAGUAUGGAGGAGAAGAGAUAGAUGAAUGGAUUUGGAAAAUGUGUAAUAAGAUUUGGAGGGGUGAAGGAUGGCCGAAGGAUUGGAAUGAAGGGGUGUUAGUGCCAAUAUUGAAGAGGGGGAAGGGUAAAAUAGUGGGAGACUAUAGGGGGGUGACGAUCAUGCCGACGAUGUAUAAGAUUUAUACAGCGGCAUUGGCGGAAAGACUAAGGGAAGAAGUGGAGGGAAAAGAGUUGAUCCCACCGAAUCAGACGGGGUUCCGAAAGGGGAUGGGGACACUGGAUAACAUAUACAUUUUGAAUUAUUUGGUGAAUAGGCAGAUAGAAAGAAAGGAAAGGAAAAUGAUGGCAGUGUUUGUUGACCUGAGAGCGGCGGUUGAUUCGGUGGACAGGGGAAUUCUGCUAAAAGCAAUGAGAGAGAGGGGGGUAAGAGAGGGGUUGGUGGAGAGGGUGGCAGAGGUCUUGAGGGAAACGAGGAGCAGGGUAAGAGUAAGUGGAGAAGUAGGGAAAGGUUUCUGGACUGCAAGAGGAGUAAGACAGGGGUGCCCACUAAGCCCCAUCUUAUUCAAUUUACUAGUAGCGGACUUAGAGGAGGAGAUGAGAAAAGUGAAAUGGGGAGGGGUGAAAAUAGGGGAAGUUAGAGUAUAUACAUUGUCGUACGCGGAUGACGUGGUGUUACUGGCGGAGGGGGAGGGAGAAAUGAAAAGUAUGUUAGAGCGGUUGGAAAGGUUUAUGGAUAGGAAAGGUUUGGAAGUAAAUGUUGAGAAGACAAAAGUGUUGAGGUUCAGGGAGGGGGGCGGUAGGAUGAGUAAGGCGGAAUGGAGAUGGAAAGGAAAAAGGAUAGAGGAAGUGAAAGAGUAUAAAUAUUUGGGGUAUAUGUUUCAAAGGAAUGGGGGGCAGGAAGCACAGAUAAGAGACAGGGUAGCGAAGGCGGCGGCGGUUAAGGGACAGGUGUGGGGUAUUGGAAAGAGGAGAUUUGGGAGGGACUGGAAAAGGAGAGUAUGGCUGUUCGAUACCUUAGUGUGGACGGUAAUGGGGUACGGAGUGGAAAUUUGGGGAUGGAAGGAAAGGGAGGGGGUAGAGAGAUUACACGAAAGGUAUCUGAGAUGGGUGUUGGGUGUAGAGGGAAGAACGGGAUAUUUGGUGAGAGAAGAAACGCAAAGAGAGAAGUUGAGAGGUAGAGCGGGGAAAAGAGUUUGGGGGUUUGAAGAAAGACUGGAGGGAGGGGGAGGGAAGCUUGUUAGCAAGGAUGUGUUUGGAAGAGUUGAAGGAAAGGAUGAAAAAGAGAAAGGAGGGAUCAAAGUGGGAGAGGGAAAGGGCCAGUUUUUUUAG